AUGUCGGCACAGAAUUCGGCGGGUAUCCAGACGUUGCUUGAUGCAGAGAGAGAUGCGCAGAAGAUUGUUCAGAAAGCUAGAGAAUACCGCACAAAACGUGUAAAGGAAGCAAGAGACGAGGCAAAGAAGGAAAUCGAUGCGUAUAGAAAGGAAAAGGAAGAUGAGUUCAAGAAGUUCGAGGCAGAGCACACGAGCGGCAACAAGAAGGCAGAAGAAGAUGCCAACAAGGAUGCUGAGAUCAAGUUGAAGGAGAUCAAGGAAGCAGGCAAGAAGGGGGAGAGUCAGGUUGUAUCGGAUCUAUUGAAGGCAGUCUUCGAUGUUAAGCCUGUUGUACCUGAACGUAUUGAAGGACCAAAAUAG